UUCAGGGCCUUUCAGGGCCAUUUUAUGGGCAGUCCUAAAGGCAUGCAUAUCUACUCCCAUUCUGUCCCCUAGAACUCAGUCACAUGGCUCUGCUGUGGAAGGUUAACUGCUCAAGAUGGAGGGAACGAGUAUAUAAGCCUCUGUCAGCCCUUGCUGCUCCUGUGCUCUGUGAAGUAAGAUAGUGUGUGGCACUCAAAUUUUCUUAGUCCAAGCUAGUUAAUCUGUUUUCUUUUUCUCUUACUAUUUUUUUGUUUGUUCUUGUGGGAUUUUGGCUUUUCUUUUUUCUUUCUUUUUUUUUUUUUAAAUUUAUUGCUAGGAAAAUUUUGGUUGGGAGCAAGGAAAAUGUCAGCUAUGUAGCUUCCUAAAAUGUGUAGGCCUGGGGUUGGAGGGGCGACUGAAUGGUUCAGUGAAUGGACUGUCCUUGCAGAAGACCGGGUUGAAUAUUUUCAGCACCCACAUGGUGGUUCACAACCAUCUGUCACUCUAGUUUCAGAGGAUUUAAUAUCUUUUGCUAGCCUCUGAGGGUACCAGGUAUGCACAGUGUCCACAUAUACACAUGCAGGCAAAAUACCCAAACACAUAAAAAUGAACAAAGAAGUAAAACUUAAAAAUAUGUAGACAUGGAGCUGGAGAGAUGGCUCAGUGGUUAAGAGCACUGGCUGCUCUUUCAGAAGACCAGCACCCGUAUGGCAGCUCAUCACUGCCUGUAACUUCAGUUUGAGGGAGUCUGACAACUUCACACAGACACACAUGCUGGCAAAACAGAAAUACACAUGGAAUAAAAAUCAAUAAAUUGUAAAAAUAUAUGUAGACAUAAUAAAAUGAUGUGUCUGAGUUGAAUGUGGGUUAGUUGGCUUCUACAAAUCUGCUGGGGAAAUUUAUCAUAUAUAUUUCUUAUGUCUUGCUCUCUUAUUUUUAUUAUUUCAUUGGUUGAACUUUUUCUAUUAGAUUAAGAACUGAAACCAUAUUUAUGAGCCAUAUUAUAUUUGACUUUAAAAAAACUGAUAGGUCAGGAAUCGGUGGUGCACGCCUUUAACCCCAGUACUUGUCAGGCAAAGGCAGGCAGAUCUCUGAAUUUGAGGCCAGCUUGAUUUACAUAGUGAGUUCCAAGACAGCCAAGACUACACAGAGAAACACUGCCUCUAGAAGAAAAAAAAAAAAAAGGAUCCACUGUAUGCUUUUGAGUUUUGUGGAGAUGUCUUCUUCCAGGGUCUAAGAAUGUUGAGUGUGCUCCUCAGCUUACAGAGGAAGGAUCCAGGAGAAGGAGAGGAAAUACAGAAGAAUGCGACACCAGGCGUGAAUUCAGAGUGAUCAUGCUUAGGCUUCUCUAAGUGUGUUCAGCACGACAGUGUAGAGCGAACAGGCUUUGAUCAGGUGGCCCUGAAAGCCCUAUCUGCAAAUUCAGACUGUCUGGGUCGGUCCUUCUAAGUGGGACUUUGAGAAAUCACCACCCUGCUUUAGGAUGGCUUCAGAUUGUCUGGGUCGGUCCUGCUAAGUGGGGAGAAAUCACCACCCUGCUUUACUAUGGCUUGAGCUAGGAUCCAUCUUAUUAUCGAAAGAGAAGAAAAUGAGGAGUUUCUUUCUAUUGAGGAGCAAAGCGUUCUCUCAGUAUUGCAUCACAAAAUCUGAUGGAGUUAGCACUUCUCCAGCCACCCUUAUCAAGCUAGGAAACAAGCUUUUCCUUCGUCGGUGCUUCGACCUCCCCUUUCCUCAAGGAUACUAAAUUAUAACUUGCUUUGCCAAGAAUCAGGGUAUUUUGGGAAUCUAUUUCUUCUCCUCACUAGAGAUUAGUGAGUCACAGCUCUGACUCCCUUGUUUUGAAAUCUGCGAGGUAGCUUAUAAUAAAGCCUUCCCCUCUGCUAUCCCCUUCCCCAGGACCUUCUGGGAUCUAGACUUCUAAGAGAAGCUUCUUACUCCUUGAAUCAGAGGAGGAAUGUGCUUGCUUAGAAUAGGGAUUAAGUGCUAUCCUUUGAGAGUUUUGAAACAUUAUUAUUGUAAAGUGGGCACAAGAUACAUGUGUAUAGAAAAUGUCUCAGGUCAAAUGACUUAACCUAUGAUAAAGAGGAAAAAAGUAGCGUUCUAAGUGGGCUGGAGGCCACUUUGAGCAGGAAUAGAGGAUCGCUGUCUAGAAACUAUCAAGUUCUGCUGAAGUGCAGACCUGUCAUCUGUUCCUAGCAUUUGCUCCUGACACACAAGUAAAGGAUGUUAAGUUCUCUUCUCAGUCAGUGUCUGUUUCUACUUUUGUUCACUAAACUUAGUGGUAGAGUGUUUGACUGGUAUGUAAAUAUAGCAUACUCUAGGUUAAAUCCUCCAACUGUGGGAAAGAGAAGGUAGAGGGACAGAAGACAGGAAAGAGGAGGAGGAGAGGAGAAAAGUGGAUAAAUGAAUAACAGGGGAGGCCAAGUAUUUUCCAGGCUGCAGGUUGUCAGGAUGGUUCCUGUGGAGUUUGCCUGGUUCCAAAAUGUGUAUGCUAAGAAGUUUACUCAGCCAUCAAUUACUGUCUUCCUGUUCCAUCAGCCAAGCUCGUAACUCCACCUUCAGAAGAGCCAGGGCCACAAGGCACCUGCAAAGUAGAUAUGAAAAGUAAGACUAAAUGGGGUGACAUUUAACAUAGCAGUGAGCAGAGCUUCUGCGUUCCCAUGCCAAUGAGCUGCCCUUUCUAUAUAAGGCACCGACUUACAGUUGUUCAGGAAAAUACAGAGAUCACUUAUUCUAGAAUAAAGCUUCUAUGUCCUGACUUGCCCUUGUAUAGAGAGGAAGGCAGAAGUCCACAUCACCAGGGCUCUUCAGUUCUCUUAAGCCAUAGUUGGUCCCUAUCUCCCUGUAUUAGUUACUUCUCUAUUACUGUGAUAAAACCCCAUGACCAAGGCAGUUUAUUGAAGGAAGGGUUUAUCUGAACUUACGGUUCCAGAGGAUUGAGUCCAUCACCAUCACAGUGGGGAAGCGUGGUUACAGGCAGGCAUGGUGAUUGCAGCUGGAAGCUGAGAGCUGGAAGCUCACAUCUGCAGCCACAAACAGGAAGCAAAGAGGACACCGUGGAAUUAUCGCAGGGCUUUGAAAACUUCAAAGCCUUCCCCAGUGAUAUACUUCCUCCCAUAAGACCAUACCUCCUGGAGGUAGGAACGGAAGCACAGGCCAUGGGUGAAUUCUGUUUAAAGGCUUGCUCUUAUGGCUUGCUCCUCAUGGCUUGUUCAGCCUGCUUUCUUGUAGACCCCAGGAUCACCUUCCGAGGCACAGCACUACUUGCAGUGGGCCGGGCCCUUCCACAUCAAUUGUUAGUCAAGAAAAUGUACCCCAAGCUUUCCUAUGGCCAACCUGAUGGGAACACUUUCUCAACUGAGGAGUCAUCUUCUCAGAUAACCUGAGCUUGUAUCAGGUUGAGAAAAAACUAAGAAGCACACUCCGGAGUCUAUUACAUGUUGGUUUAUAGCAGCUACCCUGACAAUACCAGUGACAUCCUCACUGGAGGGAAGACUAUGAGGCAAAGCUGGAGCUGUUAUCAACCUCAUAACAUUCUGCAGAGGCGCCUCAUGGAAACCAACCUGUCCAAGCUCCGGAGCAGUCGUGUCCCUUGGGCCUCCAAGACCAACAAAUUCAAUCAGUCAAAGUCUGAAGGGCUAAAGAAGUGUGAAGAUGAUGACAUGAUUUUAGUGUCCUGCCAGUGUGCAGGAAAGGACAUGAAAGCGUUGGUUGACACCGGCUGUCAGUAUAAUCUCAUUUCUUCGGCCUGUGUGGACAGAUUGGGACUAAAGGACCACGUCAAAUCUCACAAGCAUGAAGGAGAAAAACUUUCUCUACCACGGCAUCUCAAAGUAGUAGGCCAGAUUGAGCACCUACUGAUUACAGUGGGCUCUCUCCGUCUGGACUGCCCAGCAGCUGUGGUUGAUGAUAAUGAAAAAAACUUGUCGCUUGGUCUUCAGACUCUUAGAUCCCUGAAGUGUAUCAUAAAUUUGGAUAAGCGUCGGCUGAUCGUUGGGAAGACAGACAAAGAAGAAAUCCCUUUCGUGGAGACAGUUUCUUUGAGUGAAGACAACACUUCAGAAGCAUAAUUGCAGCCCGGAGCGUGUCUGCAUGUGCAGAUACACCAGUUUGACAGACUGAGAAAAUUGGGUUUGAAUUAAAUGCAGUAGCAACUUGCUAUGGACCAAGUCCUUCCCUCCAGUACAUCCUGCAGGGGCUUCUUCCCACUCAGACCUUUCUAGACUAUAGUCUGUGCUUAGAGAUCUUGUCUGGUUAAUGGCUUAAUGGUUAAACAGCCAUUGUUUUUUACUUCUUUGAAUAUUUAAUUUAUAGACCCCUUUUGACACUGCCAGGUCUCAUUUGUGGCCUAUUUCUCUGCUUAUUACAAGAAUUUGCUUUUAUUAGUCCAGUGUAGGGGCUGCCAGGUUCUAUUUCUCCACAGAUAAUGCUUUCUUUAAAUAGUAAAAUAGAUAGUAAAUAGGAACCUCUUUUUAGCUAUUUCAAAGAGAUAUAGAAACAUGUCUUGAAGUUAGAAUCUCUUCUAAUGAAGUGAUUGAUUUUUCCAAUGUGACCUGAUCUGAAAGAUGUCUCAGAGAGAUCAUCUAUGUAGUCCAGACAUUUCAUUUAAAUACACAGACAGGCAAGCGUAUCAUCUACACUUAGAUAUUAAGUCAGUGGCAGAAGACAGCCAGAAUCAGCCUCACAUAUAAACCAAGGCUUUGUGCUGCUUCAUUUUCCCCAAGCCUUAAGAGGAAGGCAGCAAGGUUAGAGUGCAAAAACAGGAGGGGUCCUGGAUGUGGGCUAGUGUUGGAGCGCUUGUCUGGUGCACAAGGUCUGGGUUCAAUCUCCAGCACCAGAGGCAGAGAGACGGCUUGGUGAUUAAGAGUGUUUGCUGCGCAAGCAUGAAGACUGCCGUUUGGAUCCCAGUACCCAAACAAAAGCUGGACCUAGUCCUACACACGCCUGUGACCCCAGAACUGAAGGGCUGAAGACAGGAUAACUGCUGGGACUUUCUAGCUGCCGGUCUAACUAAGAGAGGGAGAGAAAGAGAGAGAAAGAAAGGCAGGAAGAGACCCUGCCUCAAAGGAACAAAGUGGGGAGUGACAGAGGAAUAGAGGAUACCCAACAUGUCCCUCUGGCCUCUGUGAGCGUGCACAGGUGCACAGCUCCACACCAGGAAAAAAUGAGAGUGAGGGGGUGAAAACAGGCUGCAAAGAUGAGACAAGUGUCUCACAGUGAACUGAACACGAGAGAAAGAAACUACAGAUUGGAAGGGUUAUUAGCUCCAGACAUACCACUAAUAAUCUAAUGGUUACCAUCAGAUACUGAUUAUCCCAAAGAACCAGUCAGAAUUUCUGUCUGUCUUGUUACAUGUCACAAUGAUUCAAGUAGCUGGAAAGAGAGGUAGAAAGGAAAACAAAAGCCAAAGUGAGACCAGAAUAGGGCGAGGAGACUGAGUACACUCAGUCAGUGGGAAAGCCUACCUGGGAAAUGUUCCUGGGAUUGAAACCUCCAGGUAGGGAACUGACGAUUGGGAAACCCCUCAGUACAAAGAAAGAAUGGCAGCUGGCAGUGUUAAGAACCAUUAGGGGCUGGGUGUGGUACUUGCCUUUAAUCCCAGCACUCAGGAAGCUGAGGCAGAGGCAGGCAGAUCCCCGAGUAUGAGACUAGCCUGGUCUACACAAUGAGUUCCAGGCCAGUCAGCGAUACACAGUCUCAAAAGACAAACAAAAGAGAACAAGCUUUAUAACUGCCAAGUAUUUCCUGACCCAUCUCAGUGGUUUGGGGACGUCACAGGGUAGUAGUUGUUGUUAUUUUGUUUUUUGCUAGUGUGUCGUCUCAGGCAUAGAGGUCUCUAUAAUGGAAUCUCCCCUGCAGUUCAGUUAUAGAAGUAUUUGGCUAAGUCAGAAAACUAUCCAACUGUGAGUAUCCCUUCAAGAUUUUCCCAAGUCUACCCUUGGCUCAUAGCAGUUCUCAGACUUUGAAUCUUGUCUAGUGUUCCAGCCAUCAGCCUGCCUAUGAGCGGCUUCCCACGUGGGAGGACUGUGCCCCUCCCACCGAGCCCUCCCUGCUCUUCUGUUUAUCACAGAACCACACCAGUCUGCUUGUUGCAGGACAGAGCAGGAAGAAAGCGCCCCUCAUUUCCCUACUUGAGAGUCCACUCCAAGCCUUGACUCUAGGCUGCCAGGGAAGCAUACUGCAGGCUCCUUCUAGUGUCUCUUUAUUUGGAUUUCCCGAGGACCAAGAGAGGCCAGGAAUUCUCAGGUUCCUGAAAGAUGCAAUUGAUGCUGGUCCUUUUGAGUUCAGUGCGGUAUGACACUAGGGUAACUAGAUGACCGUUAGUGUUUCUUUUGGGCUCAAGCAUCAGUCAGUGAUUUUUUUUUUAAUUUGGAAAUAGAAACAACUGGGGUAAACUGUACUUGAUGUCCUGUUCAUUCAGCUUGUAACCAAGUUAUUUUUAAUUCCCAGGCAUAAGAGACGCCUAAAAUGCUUCAAGAUAAGUAUAAGAAAUCUUGAUAUUCAUUAAUGCUUGUUUUGUUUUUUUGAGACAGGAUCUUAUUAUGUAGCCUUGGCUGACCUGGAACUCAAUAUAUAGAGGAAGCUGGCCUUGAACUCUCAUAAAUACAUCUGCAACUGCUUCCUGUCAUUAACACUUUUUAAAUGCUGCCAAAUUCUCUUACAGCUUCUGUCUCCCCAGUGUUCACAAGGGAUACUGGCCUGCUUUUGGGAGCUAGCAAAGUAAGAAGUAAAUGAGUUUUUCCUAGUCAGGAAUUUAGUGUUCCUAAGGGUGUAAGAAAGUGUCUACUACAUCAUUUCUGAGUCCCAGGGAAGUAGUAGACAUCCCUGGCUGUCCUGGAAGUUGUUCUAUAGACCAGGCUGGCCUCAAACUCACAGAGAGCUGCCUCUCAUUCCUUAAUAGAUAGCACAUACAGGAAGUGGAAAAAAUUACUUUUGAUAUUUCUAUGUCUAGCAAUGUCUAUGAGGAAAGGAUAUCUUGACUUUCCUUUUCCUGGCUCUGCACACAGUCCACUAGUAUGAUGUUGUGUUCCUUAGCUCAGAGCACUAUAGAUUGGAUUACCCAGCUACCCUUGCUCUGUGUAGUAGAAAUACCUUUUCAGGCUGGGGACAUGGAGGAGAUGAGCUGGAUUCCUCCCUCCUUCUGUUGCCAGGUCUCUCUGCAUUAGCACUUUAUCUGCUCAGUGUUUCUGACUGUACUGAGCUUAUUUGUGACAAUGAUGUAUCAAUAAACUGGAAUCUUUCCCUCUG